UCGCGCAGGCGCACUGCCGCCCCCCCCCCACGCCGCCUUGUCGAAUUCUGUCCGGCUCCCGCCCAGGCGGCGGCCGAUGCGACGCCCCCGGUGGUCCUCAGGUUUCAACUAGCAGAUAACUCUUCUCGCUGCCAGUCUUGUGCUUGGAGCUGUGAGCCCCUUGUCUCCCUGCCAGUGGGCUUCAGAGCCAUGGCAACGGAGGAGAAGAAACCCGAGACAGAGGCUGCCCGAGCACAGCCCACCCCUUCAUCAUCAGCCACUCAGAGCAAGCCUACACCUGUUAAGCCAAACUAUGCUCUCAAGUUCACCCUGGCUGGCCACACGAAAGCUGUGUCAUCUGUGAAGUUCAGCCCGAAUGGAGAGUGGCUGGCGAGCUCCUCUGCUGAUAAGCUCAUCAAAAUUUGGGGAGCAUAUGAUGGGAAAUUUGAGAAGACCAUAUCUGGUCACAAGCUGGGAAUAUCAGAUGUGGCUUGGUCAUCAGACUCUAACCUUCUUGUUUCUGCCUCAGAUGAUAAAACCCUGAAGAUAUGGGAUGUGAGCUCGGGAAAGUGUCUGAAAACCCUGAAGGGACACAGCAAUUACGUCUUCUGCUGUAACUUCAACCCACAGUCAAAUCUCAUCGUCUCUGGCUCUUUUGAUGAGAGUGUGAGGAUCUGGGAUGUGAAGACAGGGAAGUGCCUCAAGACGCUGCCAGCACACUCGGACCCAGUCUCUGCUGUUCAUUUUAAUCGUGAUGGCUCCUUGAUAGUUUCCAGCAGCUACGAUGGUCUCUGUCGGAUCUGGGAUACCGCCUCGGGCCAGUGCUUGAAGACACUCAUUGAUGACGACAACCCCCCUGUGUCCUUUGUGAAGUUCUCACCCAAUGGCAAGUACAUCCUGGCUGCGACCUUGGACAACACGCUGAAGCUCUGGGACUACAGCAAGGGGAAGUGCCUGAAGACGUACACUGGUCACAAGAAUGAGAAAUACUGCAUAUUUGCCAACUUCUCCGUUACUGGAGGGAAGUGGAUCGUGUCUGGCUCAGAGGACAAUCUGGUGUACAUUUGGAACCUGCAGACCAAGGAGAUUGUACAGAAGCUACAGGGUCAUACAGAUGUGGUGAUCUCGACAGCAUGCCACCCGACAGAGAACAUCAUCGCCUCGGCCGCGCUGGAGAACGACAAGACCAUCAAGCUGUGGAAGAGUGACUGCUAGGCUCGCUGGGCCUUGGGGUGGCCCUGGCUGGCGGGGAGCAGUGGUCUCAGGGGUUCUCCUUGGUCCUGGCCAGGGGUCGGACCUUUGAAGAGGCGAACAGUGUCUACCACCAGAAAGUUCUAGAAGGUGCUGGUGACAUUUCUUGCCAAUUCCUCUAACACUGUCUGCAGAAGAGUUUCUAGUCUUGUGUUCAAAUGGAGUCAACGAGAAUUUUUGAUUUUUGAUUACAAAGGGUGAAGCUGAGUUUAUCAUGAGUUGUGUUUAUUUCCAGUAAAUGUUCUGUACAUUUUUUGAUGAUAUUUUAUUAACCCAGUGCACGCAUUAUGCCGUGGCUCGCAGGGCCUCUCUGUGUGUUGCCCCCUGCCCCCCCCCCCCCAAUCUCUGGUGCACGGCUCUGAUUCCUGCCUGUCCCCAGUGUGUUGGAGUCUUUCUGGGAAACUGGACAGUUGUGACAUUGUCCAUGUAUCCCAGUGUGCACAUGACAGGUGUGUACAGCUGCAUUUUGUUUCCCCGUUUCACAUGGGCAGCCCAGGCUGGACUCGGGGUUAGGUGGGGUUUUAUGGAUGGUCCUGGCAACUGUUCUAAUGCAAAGCUUGUCUCCCCUUGACUUUUUUCUGUGGAAAGUCUCAUGGUUAGGAAGGUAGAAAGACAGUGCAGUUGGCGUGUCACUGUCUCCUGUCUGGCCACGGCCUUGGGCGGAGAGCGGGAGGCUCUGCAGGGCCAUGGUGCUGCGUGGCUUGGGGUUACACCUCUUUAUCCUCAGAUGGCCAGCUGGGUGGAGAAGAGAGUGUAGACACCUGAGUCCUAAGCCCCUCGGCUCUGGUGUGCAGGGUGCAGGUUCCCCAGAGGAAGCACGGAGCAGCCAUCCCCUGUGCCAGGGCAGCCUGUGGGUGGGUGGCAGUGUUGGCCCUGAGGCUGGGUGGCUCUAUAGCUGCUGUGAGUCUUCGGGCCCCACUGCCGCUGUACCCAGGAAAGGUGAAAGAGCUGGCGGGAGCCUUCACUCCACCCUCUUGCUGAGGGGUGCUCCUGAGCUUGCAGAGAUACCUAUCCCGCUUGGAGCCCAGUGACCUCCACCAUUCCAAGGUACAGAGUCCUGGGCCGAGGCUUUCAGAUUGACUUGGAUGAAUCCCGAUGGGAAGUGUGUGUGGGGGUGCUAUCUGGUAGGCUUCCCAUCGUGGCUACAUUAUGUGAAGUUUCUAGAAAGGAGUUCCCUAGCCUCCUGCCCCCCCCCCCCCCAGCUGUAUGUACAAGGAGCCUCUCAACUGCUCCAGGAAAUGAGUGGUGUAACACUCAGGAUCUGACACCUUGUUUUGAUAGAAAACUUGAAGGUUCUCUCAUUGCUUCCCGUGGUGUGGCUUUGGCCUUCCCUACACUGCGGUCUUCCUGCAGUUUGCGUGGGUCCAGCGCAGCUAGGGAGAAGGUUGUAUGCGGAGCACCAUAUCCUUGAAUAUAGUUUAUUUUUUCUACAUUUGAAUUCUCUGUUGUAGAUUUAUGUAAAAAUGCAUUCUCUUUUUUGAAAAUAAAGAUUUUCAUGUCUUGUAA